AAAAUAUACAAUAAAAUAUGUAAUAAAUAGCCAUGCAAAAAAUGUAAAAAACCGUAAGAAGGACGUAUCCCAAUAUACCAGGACUUCCACUAUCAUCAUCAUCAGGACGUAAACAAAACAACACUCCACUGAACGUUUGGCGUUCAUGCUUAGGGAGUGAGCAAGGCAAGAAUCCAUCAUGCCCAAGGUGGUAUCGGGGAGUGUGGUGGUGUCCGAUGCAAAGGACCAGCAGGAGUACAGUGAGGACAAGCCACUCAUAGUCUACUACUGCCUGUGUGGCCAGAUGGCUCUCAUUCUGGACUGCUCACUGGAGAAGUUACCGCUACGCAAACGUGAUGGUGCACGGGUCAUCGACGGGUCUCGGCACGCCCACCGCCUGGUGUGUGACCCAGAGGAGACAGUGUACAUCAGGCGGGCCGAGGGCGUAGAGAAGCAGCACCGGAAGAAGUGCAAGAAGUGUGGCCUCCUCCUUUACUACCAGCAUAAUUUGACGUCUAAUAUAGUGUUUGUUGUAAAGGGCAGUGUGGUGCAAAGCGGCGGCAAGUCAGUGGCCCAGCAGGUGGAGGACAAGCCUAAGGACCGCAUCCUCAUCACCCGCCACACCAAGAACAUGGGCAAAUUCUCCUCCGUCACUGUCUCCACCAUUGACGAGGAGGAAGACGAGAUUGAAGCUAGAGAAGUAGCUGAUUCCUAUGCAAACAACGCCAGAAUUAUAGAAAAGCAGUUAGAGAGGAAAGGUAUGAAUAAGCGCAAGAGUCAACAGUCUUCAGAGGAAGGCACUGCACCAAAGCAAGUCCGGGGAACACUCAUCAAUCAGUGAAUGUCUGUGUGUGUGUGUGUGUGUGUGUUUGUGUGUGUGUGUGUGUGUGUGAAGACCUGAAUAUGUGAUGUCUUCAAUUCAGUUUAGAUUGUUGUAUAUUUUUAUUACCUCUGGAGACUUUAAUAUCUGUGGUUUUCACUGCAAGAUAAGUAUGUAUGUUUUUAUCUGUAAUUUUCUCUUUCUAUCUGACUAUGUGAUUCUCUCUCUCUCUCUCUCUCUCUCUCUCUCUCUCUCUCUCUCUCUCUCUCUCUCUCUCUCUCUCUCUCUCUCUCUCUCUCUCUCUCUCUCUCUCUCUCUCU